UGUGCAAAUGAGUAGGCGUCUGUUUGUGCAUGUGUGACGAUCUCCUCGUGGAAACGAAGUUGAGUCUCUCUGGGGCAUUUUCCAAGAGGGUGUGCACGCGUACAGUAUUGUGCAGUUGCGGUUCUCUGCGGUCCUCGGCCACACGGCGGAAAGAAGGCUUCCGAGGUCGGCACACAAAAAGUCCAGCUUGGUAAAAAAACGAAUGGCACGGCAGAAAGCGGCAGAAGAAGUGGAGAAAGUUCAAAGUUUCCACAUUUCAAAGCUGGUUUUCUCUGUGUUCAUCCGGCAGACAACCUUCCCCAAGCGAUCGAGGCGUCGGUCGCCGGCGGCGCGAGCCCCACGCUGGCGUGGCAUAGUUCUUCCCCUAAGUCGAGCACGAAGAAGAAGAGAGACGAAAUUUGAAGUUGAAUGAGCAAGGAAAAACUGUAUCUCUCCUCCCUUGGCGGAUUUCUUGUUGCCAGAAACCGGAGCGCGUGCCUGCAUGCGUUCCGUGCGGUUUUCUCUCGCUCUCAUCGUCUGCAGCGGCAGGCCGACGGAGGGAAAGGAACGGAUGAUAUCCAUCUCCUCGUCCUCGGCCUCCCUAAAUGCCUGAGGAGAGCCUUUUUCUCUUCACCUUCGUUUCAGACUCUGAGCAAACAUCGCGGAACGAGUAUCGCAGCGGUGUGGCUUUGCCGGUUUCACUUUCCAGUUGCUCUCUACCACGAUGGCGACCCGAGCGACUCUUCCUCCCUCGUGCUCCUCUUCUUCCCCUUCUGCUUCCUCUUCUCCUUCCGCUUGUCCAUUUUCUUCAUCUGCUGUUUCUGCUUGCGAUGUUCCUGUUGCGCUGGGUCCGUUGCUGCCGCUCCUCCGCAGCGCGUCGCCGCGAGAGAAAUUCCAGGGUUUGCUUCGCUGCGCCUCUCUGUUCUCGAGCCCCUCGACUUCUCCGUCCUUGCCAUCCAACCCUGCCGCGUCUGUGCAUGCAGUCGCCGUCGUGUUGAGAGCCAUCCGUCCUUCCUUUAUCCGACAAGUGCUCCUGGCGUCCCCUGCGUACAGUCAGUUCGCCCUCAGUCUCCUCCAAGUCUUCACGCAAGUCGACGCUUGCCUCACUGCCCGUCUGCUCCGUUCCUGCUUUCCAACGCUGUGCUUUCUGAUCCUGCGCGAGGCCCAGCUCCACGAACUCUCGCCUGCCGCCAGCGGCCCGGGUGUAGGUACACCUGAACCUGCGAAGCGCGAGGCGCCAGACCACCCUGGCGACUUCGACGCGAACCCGGCGGGACCGCUGGAGGGGAUGCAUGCGGAUGUCGACGAGGCAAAUGGUGAGCAGGUCGGGCAGGAGAGAGGAGAACUUUUGGGGAAGGAGGAAUGGAAGAAGGACCAAGAGAGCAGUGAGGAGGCAUCCGCGCUCGCCGAGGCGUUCGAAGUCACUUGGAGAUUCGCAGCUGUCUUGGGGAGACGCGCCUUCACGCGCGCUCUGAGAGACGCGGCAGAGGAGCUGGAGCGCGGCGACGAAGAAGAAGAACAAGAGCAGCGGUUUCACCGUCAGUUCGAGGCGGCCCUGGACGAAAUGGACGCUGAACUGGACAAGCUGCACGCCGAGAACGCAGGUCUUCAUGCACUGGAGGGUGACUGCCCACAGUCCGAGAGUGGCGAGACAAGCCGCAAACAGGAAGCCGAGGCAGACGACGAAGAAGAACUCGAGGAAGACGGCCUCCAGCUCAGUCGCGAGUGGGAGAAAAGGGAGUUCGGCGCGGUGUCCGCGUCGUGCAGCAGCGACGAAGAGACCGAUGAAAGCGAAGGCGAAGACUCAGAACCGGUACAGGGUCUCUUUCUUCGUGCUGUCGCGAACGCAGUCGCCCAAGACCAGCAGACCCUGCGCCUCGCGUCUGAGAAGCGGAGCAAGCGGUCAAGUGGAGAGGGCGGAAACCACAAGGAAAACACAGAGAAAAACGACAAGAGAGACACCACUGACGAACGUGAGAAGAUAGGCAGGAAGUCCAGCGCGUCUGCGGCGCAUGCAGACAAAACAGAAGAGAGGAGUGAACGCGUCAACCUCAGCGAAGCGGCCUUCAGCUUAGCAGACAUUCUGCUUCCCUCUCUAGAAAAGGCGCCGAGAGAGGCCUACGUGAGUCUGCUCGUGAAGGUCGCGACGACCGAAAGCAACGCCCUCACUCUUCUCUCUCUUCGGCAUCUGAGCCACUGGCUGGAGGCGACGGCGCAGGCAGCAGAGGCAGAGGGAGCUAUCCAACUGUCGCCUUCUGUCUCCUCUAAACGCGAAGGCAGAGAACAGCGGCGAGGUGCCGGCGCCUCCCUAGAGCGGUUCCAGAAGGAAAACGCGGAGCUCCUCGCGGCGAGAGUGGCGGAAAUCCUCUCCGGCAAACUUCCUUGGAAGGCACGAGCGGAUGCGCUCGAUGUCGCGCGGGUCUUCCUGCGUCUUUGGGGACUCGCCUGGGCAGUGCCGACAAAGAGCAGACAGCUCCUACGCGUUUCCACGCGCCUGAGUGCCGUUGAAAUUCGCCUCUACUUCGACGAUGUCCUCAACGCCCUUGAAGACAAAAACGCAUCCCUUUCUUCUUCCUCUUCUUCGUCCUCUUCUCCUUCCUCUUCUUCUUCCUCUUCUUCUUCCUCUUCUUCUUCCUCUUCUUCGUCCUCUUCUUCUUCCUCUUCUUCGUCCUCUUCUUCGUCCUCUUCUCCUUCCUCUUCUUCGUCUUCCUCUUUUUCUUCCUCUUCGUCUUCCUCUUCUUCCUCUUCUCCCUCUUGUUCUCCGUGGUUUUUGAGUCAGGACGGACGAGAGGAUCGCGCUCGGCUAGUCACCGCUGCAUGCGCGUUCAUGGACGUCGCGAUGAAGGUCUUCUCUCAGGAAGUGGAUUUCCUCGAAGAACACAUGCCCCGAGAGGUGCAUGGCUUGGUCGAGUCUGUGCACGAGGCCAUGGAGGCGGUUUUCGACUUUGUGGAGGAGAUUAGGGGACGGCCGUUCCUAGCCAAUCGCAUGCAGGCGGAGCUCGCGGCCUCGGCGCGGCUCUGCGGGGCCUGGCUAGCUGGCGAGCCGUCCAAGUUUGGAGACACCUUCCUCCGACUUCUCCCCGUCUUCUGCAAACACCUGCCUCCUGCACUUGCGGCGCCAUUCCUUCCUGCCCUUCUCGCCUUUCCUAGCUCCGACUGGGCCGUGUCAACAGGCGCGGCCGAACUGUUGAGCAGUCUCUUCCUCUUCCCUCAAGUGACUGAGCCUGAGCAAAAGAAAGCUUUUUUCCAGAUCCACACUCUUGUCUCUUCGCUGCUGGCUUCCGCUGCGCUUGAUCCGCUCGUCCCGCCUCUGGAGAGGAAGGAAGGAAACGCAGAAAUUCUUCGAUCGCUCGCAGCUUGGCACGCUUCCCUCCAGCCCGCUGUCGACGCCCAGCUGUCUCUGCCCGCUGGCGUUUCGCCCGAUGAACUGCAUGCGCCGAGCGCGUCGUUCGCCGUCCCGUCUGCGCUAACUCCUCAAGUGUUCGAUUCUCUGUCUUCGCCGGAUCCUGUGCUUCGCAAGUCUACUGGAGAUCUCGCGUUGUCUGUCCUGACUGGCGUCUUGGUCUUUCUGACUUUCUCCGUUGGGAUACUUCCUCCUUCCGAUGAGCAAAGUUCAAGCGGACCUGAGGACCAGACUCUGACGUCCGACCGCACCGAGUUGAAGAAGCAAAAGAGCAACUCCCCAGCGGCCAUCUCUCCUUCUUCCCUGCCCUCUUCUUCAACCUCUUCUGCAGCUUCGUCAGUUUCUUCUUCGUCGUGUCUGCCUGCUUCGGAUCCUCUGGGUUGUCCAUUUCCUUCUGCGUCUUUCGUGCGGAGUUGGUGGCCGCAACUGCGCGCGGAGCUCGGUGUCGGUACACCCGAGCAGGUAUCUCGACAGCUCGAGGCCCGAUUCGUGCCCUUCUCGCAAUGGCCUGGCGAGGAGCAAAGCCCACUGAAAACUUUUUAUCUGUGGAAAUGCGACGUGGUCGGCACCGCCGCGGCCCUCGUCGGUCUGCGGUGCACGCAGCGUGCGCUUCUCGAAAUUCUAAACCCGCGCGAAAUCCUUCAUUUGUGGGGCGCCUUGGUCCGUCAGUGCAUCGUCCUGACUCCGCGCGACUCGGAUUCGCUGGCGCAGGUGGACCGUCCAGAUGUUGCUCUCUGGUAUCGUUCUCUGCGCAUUCUGUCUGCUUGCGGCCCCAACCACCCGUUUCUGCUUUGGACGCUUCACCGGCAACUCACUGACUUCCAACACGUCACGAACCGGAAGGCAAAGGAACUCGUGCCCCCUCCCCCGCCAGUAGAGUGUGUGAACACUGACGAAGAGUGGAGCGACUAUUCUGAGGACGACGCUGCCCUCGUGACGCAUUUCCGCAUAUAUUUGCGCUCGCCCUCAACCUUUGGCUAGUGUCAGUGCACUUGUGUCGCGAGAAACAAGUAAAAAGCACACGAUGAGGCUCCACUGCGCGCGGUAAGGAGGCAGAGUCCACCGGGUUGUAGCUCGUGAAAUGCGCUUGACACUAAACACAGGGACGGCGCAUCGUUUUGGAACUGGCAACGAGAGUGUUGUGGACACAAACUGCGUCUUCCGUAGUCAGCGACUGCGGAUACGCCGAGCGCAAAACACGCGCGUGUGAUGUAUUGACAACGUCCGCACCCCGCGGUUGCCGAAAGUGCAUGAAAAAAAGAUCUUGACAAUCCACAAAAUCCCAGCGGGCUUGAGUUGCUCAGUUCCUCUCGAAAUGCUUUGCUAAACCAGACUGAAUUUCGCGUUACCCCCUGGGGGC